CUGGCGCCAUGCGCGCGAGGUGCGGAGACAGUGGCGCGUGAUAAGUCGGACCGGUGCGGCUCCUGGAGACUUCGCCUGUGAGCACCUUCACCACCACCACCAUCAUCAUCAACAAGUGUGACUUUUGUGUUUUAUGAGAAGACAUAACAAAGAGCCACGUUCGGAGAUAUGAAUCAGCUCACUCGGAGAUUUAAUAACUUCCCCGCGUGCUGCUUUAGAACUUUACCGUUAUUCCCUCGCGGACAUGUGAACGCGUCGAGGUAGCUGACUGCACUUUUUUGUUUGUUUUUUAGAAUGUUGUUUUAAUAUUUAUUUCCAGGGGUCUAACGAUGAUGCACGUGUGACAUGAGCAAACUCCAUUUCUCCAUUCCACUCCAUUUCUCUCCAACACACCUUUUCUAGCCACAGAGGCUGCAUUAAAAGUAGCUAUUGAUGCGUCCAAGGAUGAAACUCUCUCCCGUGAUUCCAGCCUCACCUGCCAAGCUCCCAAUUCUCUGAAGCUUUCAGCAUCGCCACAAUAAACCUGAGAUUACAGGUCCCUGCUGGAAUAUGCUAUUUCAAAAGAUUAUCUGAGGCUCUAUCACAUCCAUUUUGAAGAAUUAUCUCAAGAGAGGCCCUCAUGUUGGUGUGAAUAAGCUGAUAAUUUUGAAAGCUAAUGAAGCUGCCAUCAUCACCAUUUAAUGCCAAGAAACAGGUGAAAACAUGAUUGCUUUUGCCUGACAGGACUUGUGGGAAGUCGCUGCUGAAUAUGCAGGACUUAGCGGGGCCUGAUAUGCCCAGGAAAUUUCCUGUCUUCGAUGGCUUUGCCCUCUUAUGGGGCUUGCUCUUUGGAAUAUUCGUCACAAGUGCACCAGCGAUGGCUUGUCCCACGAGUUGUCACUGUAUAGAGAAGAGUGGCAUGACCGUGGUGCAAUGUAUGUCUCGCAACUUGGAAAACAUCCCAUCAGAUCUUCCAAGAGAUACUGUUGUUCUUCUUUUGGCAUCCAACCACAUCACCCACAUCCCCAACCACGCCUUCAGAGAGCUGCACUACCUUCAGGAGCUGGACCUGUCCAACAAUGACAUUGAAACUGUGGACCUCGGAGCAUUUCAAGGUGUUUCCGACAGCCUCCUCAUCCUGGAUCUAUCGAACAACCAUAUCCAAAGUGUCCCCAAAGAGGCAUUUGCACGUCUACGAGCAAAAAUCAGCCUCUCGAACAACCCGUGGCACUGUGAGUGCACGCUGCAGGAGGUCCUGAGGGAACUGCGUCUGGACCCCGAGACAGUGAAUGAGGUGAUCUGCCACACAGCUGUGCAGGAGGAAUAUGCAGGCAAACCGGUAAUCCAGGUGCUGGACUCAGGGAUCAACUUCUGCAACUUUCAUCACAAGACCACUGACGUAGCCAUGUUCGUCACCAUGUUCGGAUGGUUCACCAUGGUAAUCGCGUACGUCAUCUACUAUGUGAGACACAAUCAGGAGGAUGCCAGGAGGCACCUGGAGUACCUCAAGUCACUGCCCAGCAGCUCUCAGAUCAGCAAAGACUUUGACACCAUCAGCACUGUUCUCUAGUAGGGCCGUUUGCGGCUCAAGGGAUGUGGUGUGUGUGUGCGUGCGUGUCCAUAAAUAUGUGAGUAAAUGUGCGGUUAUGUACAAAAUGACAGAAACAACACAUGCAACACAUUUACACCAGUGUUUCUGAGCACAUUGUUUGAGGUAUUUCAGUGACUAAAAUGCGUCUUUUUGAUUUUUUUUAGGCCCAGAAAUGAUACCUUUUUUAAAAAAAAAAUAAUUUCAAUACAUUUAUUCCAACUUCAUUAAAUAUGAGUAAAUCUGACUCUACAACUGGACAGGGCAACAGCGAUAGCACAAAAUACUCCUAAAACUCACGUUUCCAUGAGUGAUGAUGGAUCCAGACUGGGGAGAUAAAUGUUCUCACUCUGGUGUUGAUCCACAGUGUGAUUGAAUUUGGACUGAGAUGAAUGAGGAUGACUGUGUCCCCAGUUACUUUGUAUUGAUUGAUUUAUGUUCUUCAUGUCACACCAUCAAGGUAAGGGCCAUCUUAUGAGACUUUGGCUAACAUAUAAAAUAGGGCAAGGUGUAAAUAUUCAGUUUGCUUGACACAUGCAAAACAGCCCUGUCUCUAAUAAACCUUGAA